UUUAUUAAAAAAUUGGAAAAUUAAAAGAACAACCGCCUUCCCAAGCAAAACAUACCUAUAUAUACAAAGCAAGAACAAUCCACAGCAAAACCCACACCUCCCAGCAAGCACCAUUUUUUACAGGCCACUUUCAAGGACCAAAUCCAAAUUAAAGAAACCCAGCUACCACCAAACUCGAAUAUCUCAAAAAUGGGCAUGGUUUUUGGAAAGAUAUGCGUGGAAACCCCAAAAUACAAAGUCCUCCACUCCACCGCCCUCUACGAAAUCCGGCAAUACCCGCCUUCAGUGGUAGCCCAGUUCACCUACGAUCCGUCAGACCUCAAGGGCGACAAAGAUGGCGGCUUUGCCAUUCUGGCCAAUUACAUCGGCGCGUUGGGAAACCCCCAGAACACCAAACCCGAGAAAAUCGCCAUGACGGCUCCGGUCAUAACCAAAACCCAAAACGCAGAAGGCGAAAAGAUCGCCAUGACGGCUCCGGUCGUGACGAGGGAGGAGAAGGGGAGGAAGACGGUGACGAUGGAGUUUUUGCUGCCGGCGAAGUAUGGGAAGGCGGAGGAGGCCCCGAAGCCGGUGGACGAGAGGGUGGUGAUUACGGAGGAGGGGGAGAGGAAGUAUGGGGUGGUGGGAUUCACGGGAGUGGCGACGGAGAAGGUGGUGGCGGAGAAGGUGGAGAAGUUGAAGGAGAGUUUGGAGAAAGAUGGGUAUAAGAUUAUUGGGGAUCAUCUGCUGGCUAGGUAUAAUCCGCCAUGGACUUUGCCUCCGUUCAGGACCAAUGAGGUUAUGAUUCCGAUCGAGUGAUGUUUUAGAUUUUGUUCAACUGUUUGUAAUACGAUGAUCUGUUUUUUUUGUUUUUGUUUUUGUUAAGUAUUAAUAAAACAUGUAUUUUGUACUGUA